AUGGAAGAUGCUGAGAAUCAUCCUUCUGAGAAAAGUCCUGUUCAGGAAAAACAAGAUGAUAUUCUCACCUUGGAUACUGUUGCUGAAAGAAGGACAAAGCGUAAACAAGAUGUUCCUUCUAUCAGUAAGGAGAAGAGAACUGAAGAAAAAGUUGCUGAAGAAAAUAAAGAAGUUGUUGUUGAAGAAGAAAAUAAAGAAAAAGAAGAUGUUGUCAUCAAGAAGAGGCAGAAGAAGACUGAGAAAGAAGAUGAUAAGAAAAAUGAAGAGAAGGACGCUGAAAAGAAGAAGAAGAGGAAAAAGAAUGAUAAGAAGGAUGGUGAGAAGGAUGGAGAGAAGAAGAAUGAGAAGAAAGAUAAAAAGAAAAAGAAAGUAGAAAAGAAGGCUGUUGAAGGAGAACAGAAGAAGGAUGAAGAGGAAAAUAAAGAAGAAGAAAGGAAGAAAGAAAUUUCUGCAGGAAAGAAGGUUGCGAUUCAGAAGAAGAGGAAAGAAGUUGAAGCUGAUUCUGAAAGGCCUGCCAAGAAAUCUAAAGGUGUGUUUAUUUCUGAACCUAGUUCUGUUCCUUUUGCUAGUUCAAAAUCUGUACUAACAGAAGUUCCAAAACCAUUUCAACUAGAAAUACAACCAGAAAAAGCCUUCACCAAAUCACCUUCAACCACCAAAGUUCUCACCCCUCCUCCUUCACCCAAAACCAAUCCUGCUUGUAAACAUUAA